CGUUAGUGCUUGAAUAGCCAGAUGUCUCCGUUAACCGACUCGCCGUGCACAUGCGAUCCACAGCGAACCCCGUCCCUGUGUUUAUUUAACGUUCGGACUUGAGGAGUAAAGCGUAGUAAUGUGCCUAUUAUUGUUACAGUGUUACUGUGUAAGGGUUGCGCCCGCUUUACUGGCCGGGCAGUAUUUGCAGGGCAUGCGCACCGCUUGUUCGCGCAGACGCGAAUCAAAUCGUUUCGCACUACCCCGAUGGUAGUUGAUACACGCAGUCCAGUUACAUAAUAAUUAAGUAAAUGCUCCACGGGAACCUCAAUAACAAUGUGUUGUAAACAAUGUAAUUUGUAAUAUCACCGCCGUCAAUCGCAUAUCCGAUAAUCUUUUUUCUAGUCUUGACAGUUAAUAAUCGUUUGAAAUCGCGUGUUCUCGUGGUAGGUAAUCGUCGUCGCCGGUAACUGACGUAGCAGCACCGGGAAGAUUAAUCACAAAAUAAUAACACGAUUUAAAUACUCAAUAUACUGACAAGAGCGGAUUUUUUUGUUUACGUCUGCGGUCCGCCGCAAACGAACGAUUGUAGCAUUAAUAUUCUUCUGGAACAAAAUGUGAACGCACAUCAACGUUUGCGAUGGCAAUAACGACGAAAACAUUGUUUACCCUCGGCGCGGCUCCGUUUACGACUGUCGUCAUGACGGUCGACGGUAAACGCUGCUCGGUUGCUGUUGCCGCGGGCUUGUGAGACACAGGGGAUGAGGCUGGUCGGUGUUCGCGUGACAGGCGGGUACGGUUCGACACCAUAACGAUUUCGUUUCGUUCUUAUGGAGCAAGUCAAAGAAGUAUGCGUGUGUCGUAAACCGUAGUCGUCUCUUGGCCGCGGCCGAGUUUGCUGCGAAUCGUAUCCACUGUUUACAUACCUAAUUAAAUGUUUGAAAUAUUACCCUCCCUUAGAACACGAUGGUGGUCAUCAAUACGCGCAUCACAUUAUAAUCAUAGUACGGCCCAGGUGAUUCAAUGAUGAAAAUUCGAGUCCGUGUGUUGCUGCUCUUGCUCACUGGUGCCCUUACCUUGUUCGUAGUAUUUUUCGUCAACGAUGAAAAGCCUAACACCGUGGAAGUCAAAGACGUCAAGCCGCCUUUUAGUCAAAGAUUUAAAGCACAGCCCCAUUUUAAUGUUGCAAAACGACAGUAUAUAAUACAUCCACCUCGCGUAGAACGUAUAUUACCCAAUCGAAGUGAAAUUGUUCCUAAAGACGCAGUUUGGCAAAAAGUCCAAUCAACAAAGUACAAAUUUUUCAUUUAUUCAGCAUACUUGGAUACAAGAAUCAAAUCUGAUGGUCCACUGGUACGAAUAAUUGGUGCCACUAAAACUCAAAAACCAGAUCAAGUUUGGUGUAGAUUAUGGUAUGCAAAUAGUUCUAAGACUGUUUCAGCAUUUGUGAAAGCAAUCCGUGAAAACUGGAAUUUAAAGUACAGUGCAGUAUUUGUGUUGUGCAAAUUACCACCAGAUGGACAUUAUCCAUUAAGUGUGUCUAUUGUGUCCAAUAUUAAAGAUCCAAUUACUAAUGAGGUACUGAUUCAAAGGCAAAAACCAACUAGUCAACUCAAGACUGAUAUAGAAAUUUGUGUUAAACCAAUGCAUUAUUAUUAUGAUCGAGCCAUACAACUUAUGGAAUUUGUAGAGCUAAAUUAUUUACUUGGGAUUGGACAUUUUACAUUUUAUAAAAACACUGUUGGGCCAAAUGUUGAUUGUGUUUUGGACCGUUACAUAAAAGACAAUUUGAUUUCUGUUUUACCUUGGCAUAUAGAUAUUGUGACCAAGGAAGAAAUAAGAACUGAAGGAAUGUUUGCUGCACUUAAUGAUUGCUUGUAUAGAAAUAUGUACAAUGCAAAAUACGUCGCAUUUUUAGACAUUGAUGAAAUUAUUGUUCCUAGACAAAAUGACACAUUAAUCAAAUUAAUCAAUUGGUUAAACAUUUAUCAAACUCCAGCUGCUUAUUCAUUUCGUAAUGCAUUCUUCUACAUGCAAUGGGCUGAUGAUGACUCAUUACCGUCUGAUCAGAAUCUAUUUCAUUCAAAUCUCGUUGUAUUACGUAAAACACGGCGUAAGACUCAAUUGCAUCCACAUAAACUACGUUCAAAAUUUAUAUGUGAUCCAAAACGAGUAAUAGAAGUCGGAAAUCACUUUGUCUGGGAGUUUUUAAAUCCUAGUGAUGGAACAUUUUAUUUUACACCAGAACAUGCAAUACUUCAUCAUUAUAGGGUUUGUGAGUAUGGGGGAAAUGAUUGUAUAACUGCUGACUCUACAGUGGACCGCACCGUGUACAAGUAUAGAAAAAAGUUGGUUGACAGAAUAACAAAUACUCUUGGAAAUUUAGACUCAACUUGUCUAAUAGAAGCUCAAACAUACACUAAUGAAACAAUGUACUUCUCAAAUUGAUUUUUCUUUAUAACAUUUCAUUUUCAUAAAGUGUGCUUCCAAUAAUUAUUAAAUAUAUUUGUUUUGAACAGGGUGAAUUAAACCUUUAAAAUAUGUAUAAUACAUAUUAGUGUGUUGUGAAAUGUGUGUAAUUUAUGGGUUAAGAGUAAAAAAACUCUAAACAAUAUUUUAAAUAGAAAAAAAAUAUCAUACUCUUUAAACCUUACUUGUAAAAAAAAAAAAAAUAUAAGUAAAUAAAAGUAUAAACAUUUGUGUUCAAAAA